AUGGCUACCUCUCACGACCACUUGGCGGAUGUCGAGCUUGGCGACAUCAAGGGCGGUUCAACAACGCUCAACCGCACCAACUCGCUCUCUAAACACGAUGGCAACGGCGUCGUCCUUCGGGGGCUUGACAGCGACUCGCCUGACGGGAGCGUCCACCGCAACCUGAAGGCUCGCCACCUCCAGGCAAGGAUCCUUAUCGUCUCGGAACGUCAUGCUCGGUCGGCUGACAUCUCGCUCUGCUAUGGCUGCACUGGUCUGUUUGUCGGUGCAGGAGGCGCUCUUGCGACCGGCGGACCCCUCGGAAUCUGGCUCGGCUACUCCAUCAUGGGCUUCACUGUCGGAACCAUGAUGGUCGCGCUUGGCGAAAUGACGACCCUGUACCCGGUUAGCGGCGCCUUCACGCACUACACAGCGCGCUUCCUGGACCCUGCAGCCGGAUUCGCCUUGGGAUGGAACUACUGGUACUCUUACGCUAUCACUCUCCCCACUGAAAUCACCGCCGCCGCCCUUGUCAUCCAGUACUGGCGCGACGACAUCAACGUCGCCGUCUGGAUCACCGUCUUCCUCGUCGUCAUCUGCUGCUUCAACUUCCUCGGCGUCCGCGCAUACGGCGAGGCCGAAUUCUGGUUCUCGCUCAUGAAGAUUAUCACAAUCCUCGGCCUCAUUCUGCUCGGAAUCGUCAUCACGGCUGGUGGCGUGCCCGGCACGGACCCCAUCGGCUUCCGCUUCUGGAGGAAUCCGGGCCCGUUCCAGCAGGAGAACGGCAUCCCCGGAUCCAAGGGUCGCUUCCUCGCCUUCUGGACGGUGCUCGUCCAGGCCGCGUUCUCGUAUCUCGGAACGGAGAUUGUCGCCCUUACCGCGGGCGAGGCUGAGAACCCGCGCCGCAACGUCCCGAAGGCCAUCCGCCGCGUCUUCUACCGUAUCCUCUUCUUCUACGUUAUCGGCACGUUCAUCAUGGGCCUCAUCGUUUCGCCGAACGACCCCAACCUGACCAACGCGAACGGAGUCAAUGCGUCUCCCUGGGUUAUCGCGAUCAAGAACGCGGGCAUCAAGGGUCUUCCCAGCGUCAUCAACACCGUUGUGCUCCUCUCUGCCUUCUCGGCAGGCAACUCGGACUUGUACGCCUCGUCGCGUACGCUGUACGGUCUCGCGUGCGACGGCAAGGCGCCCGCCAUCUUCCGCCGCUGCACCAAGAACGGUCUCCCCAUCUACUGCCUCAUCUUGACCGCCCUCGUCGGCCUCCUCGCGUACAUGAACGUCUCGACCGGCUCCACGACCGCCUUCAACUACCUCUCCAACCUCUCGUCCAUCACGGGUGUCAUCACCUGGCUCUGCAUCUGCGUGUCCUACAUCCGCUUCUACCACGGCGCCAAAGCCCACGGACUCGACCGCAACGACUUCCCCUACAAGGCUCCUCUCCAACCCUGGGCUUCGUACUGGGGCGCUUUCUUCUUCUUCAUGGUCAUCAUCUUCAACGGAUACACCGUUUUCCUCAGCGGGCAGUGGUCCACGGCCAAUUUCAUCGUGUCGUACAUCACGGUCGUCAUCUUUAUUGUGCUCUUCGUCUUCUGGAAGCUCUUCAAGCGCACCAAGUUUGUCCGCAUCGAGAACAUGGACUUUGACACCGGACGCCGCGAGCUCGACCAGAUUGCGGAGGACGAGGCGGCGCGUUACAAGGCGCCGACUACGUGGUACGCCCGCCUGUGGGACGCGAUCAUGUAG